AUGUCUUCUGUGAUUGUUUCUCAUGUCUCCACAGCGGUUUCUCCCGCUCAAUUAAAGGAAUUCUUUGCCUUCUGCGGGGUGAUCCGUCUGGUGGACGAUCUCGGCAAAGAUGAUAACGGGUACAACAAGUUUCAGGUGAAUUUCGAGCUGGAGAAGGCGCUUUCGACCGCAAUGCUCUUGAAUGAUGCAGAAUUGGACCAGGUGCCGAUCGUGGUGAAGGAGGAGAAUCCCCCUUCGUACGCGGAUUUGUCGGAGAAGAAGGAGGUGUCUGGCGAUAACAAGAUCCAGACCAACGAGAAGUCGGACGCUGCUACCAUCACGGGCGACACCGAGUACGACGACAUUCUGCAGGAGGAAAAGCCCAAGCUGGCCAUUUUGGCGCAGCUCUUGGCGUCUGGGUACAGCUUGUCGGACGAUUUGAUCACACGUGCCGUGAAGUUUGACAAUGAGAAGGGCUACACCAGCAAGUUCAAGUCGUUCUUGACCGACUUGGACCAAAAGUACGUGGGCUCGCAGGAGCCAGGAACACAUGCUAACAGGGGCAUCAACAAGGCUCUGGAGGGGAUCAAUUCGCUUCACGAGUCGUUCAAGGGCCUGUCUUACCACCAAAAGUUGCAGCACUACUUUGACAAGGCGCUGUCGCACCCUUAUGGUAUCAAGGUGCAUGAGUUCUACAAGCUGCUUUCCAAGGAGGUUCAGGAUGUGCACCGUGAGGCGAAGCGUUUGUAUGAGUUGAAGAAGACCGACAAGAACAAUACCGGUGCCAAUGCUGUCGACCUGCCAAUUCAGUUCCCUGAUGCUGAGAAGUCCUAA